UGAACACAACGGAGCCAGUGUGGACUUACAGAACAACAAAACCAUGGAAGGUAUUCUGUGCAGUAGACGUUAUGUGGAAUAUAACUGAGACGGACAUCAUUUUUAACAGAUCAUAUUACUACAAAAAUUAUACAGUGAGAUACACCGUAGACGGAACAUUUUUCGAUCCAAUUAAGGACCAUUACAACACAAUUUUAAUAGGAGGUUUAGGUACCCUGAAGCAAGGUUGGGAGAUGCAGCUCUACGAGAAUACAAACAGAACAUGUGGCAUAUUUAACGUCUCCUUGAGUAUGCCGGUUCAGGCCACCUGGUACGACUUGCGAGUGCUAAAUUCCUCCCUGAGUGAAGGUCCAGCAGAAGAUUGCAUGGAAGCUUAUAACCAAUUCACUAAGAAAUCAAGAAAAAUUUACAAUGACACCUGUCAAUCCAUACUGUAAUGUGUGCCAGGAUUGUCUGUGCCAUCGUAUAGAAGAGGAAAUAAAACAUCAGAGCUUUAAAUAUGUA